CCGGACUCGGCCGCCCCGCCCCUGCCCAAGUCUUAAAAGCCUCUCUCACCUCCGAGCGUCCGAACUGCCUGCUGCCCGUCCCGGCCAGGCGCCCCCUGCAGCAUGGCCUGGAACACCAAUCUCCGCUGGCGGCUGCCGGUCAUCUGCCUGCUCCUGCAGGUGGCCCUGGUGGUCCUCUUCGGCGUGUUCGUGCGCUAUGACCUGGAUGCCGACGCCCACUGGAUCGAGGAGAGGAUGUCCAGGAAUAUUUCCAGCGACUUGGACAACGAAUUCUACUAUCGCUACCCGAGCUUCCAGGACGUGCACGUGAUGAUCUUCGUGGGCUUCGGCUUCCUUAUGACCUUCUUGCAGCGCUACGGCUACAGCGCCGUGGGCUUCAACUUCCUGCUGGCGGCCUUCGGCAUCCAGUGGGCGCUGCUCAUGCAGGGAUGGUUCCACUCCUUUGACGGACGCUACAUUCUCUUGGGCGUGGAGAACCUCAUCAAUGCGGACUUCUGCGUGGGCUCUGUCUGUGUCGCCUUUGGGGCAGUUCUGGGCAAAGUCAGCCCUGUCCAGCUCCUCAUCAUGACUCUCUUCCAAGUGACCCUCUUCUCAGUGAAUGAGUUCAUUCUCCUCAGCCUGCUAGAGGUGAAGGAUGCAGGGGGCUCCAUGACCAUCCACACAUUCGGCGCCUACUUUGGGCUCACAGUGACCUGGAUCCUCUACCGACCCAACCUAUAUCAGAGCAAGGACAGGCCAAGCUCUGUGUACCACUCGGACCUCUUUGCCAUGAUCGGCACCCUCUUCCUGUGGAUGUACUGGCCCAGCUUCAACUCAGCUGUGUCCAAUCACGGAGACGCCCAGCACCGAGCUGUCAUCAACACCUACUGCUCUUUGGCAGCCUGUGUGCUCACUGCGGUGGCACUGUCCAGCGUCCUGCAUAAGAAGGGCAAGCUGGAUAUGGUGCACAUCCAGAAUGCCACGCUCGCGGGAGGGGUGGCCGUGGGCACCGCCGCCGAGAUGAUGCUCAUGCCUUACGGCUCCCUCAUCAUCGGCUUCAUCUGCGGCAUCAUCUCCACCCUGGGUUUUGUGUACCUGACGCCAUUCCUGGAGUCCCGGCUGCGGAUCCAGGACACGUGUGGCAUUCACAACCUGCAUGGCAUUCCCGGCAUCAUAGGUGGCAUUGUGGGUGCUGUGACGGCAGCCUCCGCCAACACUGAGCUGUAUGGGCAGGAAGGGCUUGCCUUUGCCUUUGGCCUUGGAAGUUCCACACUGAGCUGGAACGCAAGCACACAGGGCAAGUUCCAGGCUGCUGGUCUCUUUGUGUCGCUGGCCAUGGCCCUGGUGGGAGGCAUCAUCGUAGGGGUCAUUUUGAAAUUGCCAUUCUGGGGACAAGCCGCUGAUGAGAACUGCUUUGAGGAUGCAAUCUACUGGGAGAUGCCCAAGGACCAGAAGAGUAUUGUUUUCCGUUCUGAGGACCCCACCCUCAAGCCCUCAGAACCUUAAACUCCCAGGGCAAGUGAGAAGCAGGCUCCACAGACUGUUUCAGCGUUCCCCAAGGAGCCAGUUCUGAUCAAGCUGGGAACAAAAGAGCAAGGCGAGCGGCACUCCACCUGCUGGCCCGGGCCAGGGUGCCUCCAUCUCUCCCGCCGCCUUCAUCCCAGGGGACCUGCCUGAGAAUGGAGGAGGAGCUAUAGACAAAGUGGGCAUCCAAGCCAGGUUCUGGCUGCAGGAAGCCUGCCACCAGGGGUCUUGGUGGCCACAUCCUGAGAAAAGCAGGCAGGAGUGGGGCUGGGGGCUGGAGGUGGACCCGAGCCCUCCUACGAGACAACGUAGCUGCCAACCACCGACUGCUGGGCUCUUCCACUCCCUUCCUGCCCCUCAGCCAGUAUCUCCCAUGCCCCCUGAAUCCUCCAGACCUCUCUGUGCCAUGCAGAUGGUAGCCUCCGUGAAUAAAACGUUCUUGGUGUUCUUUGUA